AUGUUACCAUAUCUAUUCCCAACCGAGCUUCUGCUCCAGAUAUUCCAAUCCUGCACGUCGAUAGCCGACGUUUUAAAUCUAGCCCUUACAUGUCGCCGUUUCCACCGCAUUUUCUCAUCAUCUCAGAAAUUACCACUUCUUGCCUAUGCCGCAGAAGCCGAGUACGGGCCAUUGAAGGACAUUGUACAACUGGUGACUCAGAACUCCAGCCAGCCAGCGCACGCGAUCCGAGAAGCACCUCUCUCGAUCAAUCUCCUCCAACAGAUUGUUGCGGUCGGACGUGUGGCUAAAAAGUGGGAAGAGAUUUAUCCCGUCAAGAAGUGGAAGAUCGACUUUGAAGACAGACGGUUAUUGACAGAUUACGAACGUUACACCCUCCGCCGUGCCAUUUACCGAUUAUGGCUGUAUUCUAGGGCAUUUCAUGGCCCUCACUAUCCACGUGCGUCGCGAGCUGUUCCUGCAGUGGUUCGCGAGCGGGCUGAGUUACUACAUAAUUGGUCAACAAGCGAGUUAGCUGAAAUAGAAGACACGCGCCUGGUGAUUCGGGAAGUGGUGCAAAAUCACAUUUGCCCCAGUAACGGUACCAUCCAACGGAAGUUUCACAAACGUUUCCCUGAGAACACUCAGUCCCUCUCGUUCAACAUUCACUUGAACUACCCUCCCUCGCUCGGUUCAUCCGAUUUUCACUUUGCGGAUCCUUAUCGUUCGCAUACUCCCACACCGCACGACCAGGAAACUUUUUUCCUCGACCACUCAAAAAAUGAUCGUUUUGGCACGAGCCAUCUUUUCAAUUCCACAAACAAAUACGCCACUAAAUUCCGCUCGGAUCUAUAUCAUGACCCAGGUGCAGAAGGCUGGGGCGAUGAAAUUCCUCAUUACUAUGUGGUAGAGGAUAUGUUGAAACUAGAUCCGGGACAGGUCAUCUGGCUAAGGGAGAAUGCGCGACUCAAGGAGCAAGUGGAACGAUACGUCAAGUCCAUCGGAGAAUGGUUUGAGAAUAACGGUGAGACUUUUGGUCAGACUCUUGAGUGGGUUCUUAAUGAGCGCGGCGAAGACCUAGAUGCUUUCAAAGAUGCUAUUUGUGACCAGGAAUUGGGAGUUGCAAAAACGGGUUUCUGA